AUGGCGUCUUCCUCUACAGAAGAAUCGGGAUGUAGCCACCAUCAUGGUGUACAGUUUUUAUACGUCUGUUCGGACUGUGGCGAGGAGUUAGUUUGUCAGGAGUGUCGGCAUGACCUACACCAAGGUCACAAUCUCACUGACGUCAGCGACGUCAUACCAAGAAAACGAGAAAUCAUUCGUCAAUACAUAGACGAACUCUCCUCAACAGGUAGACAGUCCAAUGACAGCGCGGGCGACACAGAGGAUAAACUACAAGAGAACAGAAGCUCAUUCGAGUCCCUGAGAACAAGUAUCAGACGACAGGGGGAGGCGAUGAAAGGUGUUGUUGAGGCUGUAGUCGACAGGCUAGUAAAUGUAUGCACAGACAUCGAACGCAGUAACGCCAAACUCAUAGAAAACUACAAAACAUCCCAAGAGAGGGAAUCCGAAAUACCGCAGGUGGACGUUUGCGAGGAAGUCAUCAGGUCAGGAACGGAUACAGAAGUAAUGAAAUUGGCGCAGAUGUUUCAAUCCGCUCCAUUGAAGAUUAAGAUGGUGAACUAUUGUCCUCGCCCCCUAGUUACCGCCCAACUACAACAUAUGUUAGGUGCAUUGACUGUAGAUGGACUUCAUCACGAGUAUCAACGUGCAAAAACGUGCACGAUUCUAUCUCAGUUUCAGCACUUGUCGACCGCCAGCACUUGUCGUGCAAUCGAGAGCGAACAGGACCAGGCCUGGUUGUCACACUGGGGUGAUAGCGUCAUAUACCGUGUGGACCAACAAGGCCUCGUUAAGGAAAAGGUCUGUUGUGGAGUUAAGGUCCGUCACAUGGCCCUCUGUCCCGAGACAGGGAGGGUUUGGUUCUGUUGCUGGGAGGACGGAACCGUCCGUGAGAUAUUGGACCAACCAGUGACUAGGAUCGUAACGGACCUGUCACCCAUGUCUCUCUGUGUCACGGUAGAUUGUACGGUGGUGGUGGGUGUGGCGGGGGACAUCAGACUGUACACAAAGGACGGCCACACAGUGACAUCUAAUGACCUUCCCUGUACACAGUCCGCAGUGACGCCCCACCAUUUGGCCUGUUGUUCCCAGACGGGAGAUAUUGCGGUGGCCGAUAAUGAUGGCGUGGUUUAUGACGAAUAUAUCUCUGGAUCGCGGACAGGGAAACAUCCCCACAUCAAGGUCAUGGAUAAACAGCUCUGUAUCCGGUUCCGUUACCCUGACACCACCAGAUGGAGCGAUAUCCAUCAGUUGCUGCGGUACCCGUACGACGUGUGUUUCGAUAGGAUGGGUGACAUUCUCGUUGCGGACUGGGCGACGCACUCUGUCCUUCAGAUAGACGGAGGACGAGGUCACCUUCUGAGGACAGUGUACACUUGUGACGCAGCCCCACACACCAUCAGUCAACAGGGUGGUGUGCUUUGGGUGGGACUCGUAGGGCGAACUGUUAGGGUAUUGAAACAUAGAGUGGAGCAUGAGGAGGAGGACCUAUAG